AUGGCGUUUCUGCGCGAUUCGUUUGCCAUGCGAGCGUUUUUGAGUGUCGCCCCGUGUGCGAUUCGAGAUCGGGGAUCGUCCUACGUCUCGCUUUGUGAAUAUGGCGUGCCGACGUUGAACCCGGAGGAAGAGCAGCGAGAGCGGAAGCGACGGGCACAAGAGUAUCGUCGCAAUAGCACUGCUAGUAACCAGUCGACACGUAUUGUCGAGUAUUAA